AUGGGGUUUUGGGGAAAGAUUCGCGAGGUCGCAUGGGGCGUACCCCCAGCGACCAAGGCGGAGCGCAAGCUCCUCGUCAAGAUCGACUGGUACAUCCUCUCGUUCAUCUGCCUGAUGUACUUCUCGAACUACCUCGACCGGGCAAACCUCUCGAACGCCUACGUAUCGGGCAUGAAGGAGGCGCUCGGAAUGAAAGGGAACGACCUGAACAAGGUCAACACCUGCUUCACCGUCGGCUACACGAUCGGCAUGCUCCCGCAGAACCUCCUCCUCCAACUCGUGCCCGCCCGCAUCCUCUUCCCGCUCAACACUGUCACAUGGGGAGGCUUGACGAUGGUCACCGCCGCCGCCAAGAGCACGAGUCAUCUCUGCGUGAUCCGGUUCUUCCAGGGCAUCGCCGAAUCCUCGACGUUCGUCGGCGCACACUACGUGAUGGGCUCGUGGUACCUCGAAGAAGAGCUCUGCAAGCGCGCAGCCAUCUUCUCCGCCUCGGCACAGAUCGCAACCCUCUUCUCGGGAAUCUUGCAAGCCCGGAUCUACAAGACCAUGAACGGCUUGCAUGGAUUGCCCGGGUUCAGGUGGUUGUUCAUCAUCUGUGGAGUCAUCACGGUGCCGAUCGGCCUCUACGGCUACCUCUUCUUCCCCGACACCCCCUCACGCAACCGCUCACUCGUCUUCUCCGCCUCCGAACGGCAGCUCGCCCUCUCCCGCCUCCCGCCUCGACCAGAAACAAAGCUCGAUAGGACGGUUGUGAGGAGGGUUCUGGGCAAGUGGAGGUGGUGGUUGAUGUCGAUGAUCUGGAUCGUCGGCGGCGAACUCGAAUCCAUCGGCUCGAACGCCCUCAUGGCCAUCUGGAUGAAACAGCAAACCGCCGCGGGCUUACACUCCUGGACCAUCUCCAACUUCAACUACUACCCAAACGGCGCGACAGCCGUCUCGAUCGUUGCGCUCUUGACGACGGCGGUGUGGACGGAUUACACGAAGAAGCGGUAUCAGGUUAAUUUGGUUAUCGCUGCGGUCAUGGUUGUCGCGGCGGCUUUGAUACUCGCGCAGGAUCGGAUCGGUACAGGCGCCGUCUUCUUCGCCUUCUACAUUGCCGGCAUUUCCUACGCCGGCCAAGCAUCCAACUUCUCCUGGGCGAACGACCUGACGCGCGACGACGAGCAAGAGCGCGGGAUCGUGUUGGCGAGCAUGAACAUGUUUUCGAACGCCUUCAACGCUUGGUGGAGUAUCGUCUUCUUCCCAGCGGACCAUGCGCCGUACUGGCGCAGAGGAAUGGUCUCGCUCAUCGUUCUCGCGCCCAUCAUGGUUGUCCUCACGCUGGCGGCGCGGUACCUCCAGCUGCGGGACCAGCGGUUGGCGGCGCGGGGGAAGGCUGGAGCGAAUCCGGACGGGCCGCGACGAGCAGACGAUGAGGAUGUCGCGGAGGAGAUGGGCAGUGCGCGGAGAGAGGAGGGGAGAGUGGCGGAGGGGAGGAUGUCGAGCGACGAGGUUGAGGAGGAGAAGGUUUGA